AUGGCAUUGAAUGCAACGACUGGCAUUGCCAUUGCUGGCGCGACUGCGGCCGCAGCUUACAUCGAUGCCAAAUUCCACAUCGCGAAAGACGUUGCUACACUUCGAGAACAGCGAGAGGUCCGCAAGACAGCCGAACGGCGAGCCAAGCAAAACAAGAGGUCGGCAUGGUAUACAUUUGAAGAACAGGCACGUUUGAGAAAGGAUGGGCCUUGCAUAUGGUACCGAACAGAGCCUGGGCAUCAACCAACGAUUCAUAGCUGGACAGACGUGCUCUCAAAUGCUACGCAACUCGGCCGAUUCUUGCUUGAGAAUGGUGUCAGACCUGGCGAGUUAGUGGGCAGUUACUUGAUGAACUCGCCCGAUUUUGUAGUCAGCAUGCUCGGCAGCUGGGCCAUAGGCUCUGGCCUGGCUAUGAUGAAUUACAACUUGGGCGGCGAUGGCUUGCUUCACUGCCUGAAAGUAGCCAACGGCAAGGUACUGUUGGUCGAAGAUGAUGACGGCUGUCGUGAUCGCAUAGAACCUAUCAGGCAGCAGAUCGAAGCACUGAACAUACGCGUAAUCGUUCUGGAUGCUGCUACGAAGAGCAAGAUCCUGAGCAAGGAUACAACUCAACUGGGCCACGAGUACAGGCAGGAGGUCACCCCUGGUCAUCCACUCUUCAUCUUCUUCACGAGCGGGACUACAGGUCUUCCAAAAGCGUGUGCGUUCCCAACUGUCGCACAUCACGGUCUGACCUCUCCACGACUGCGAUCAACGGGGCUCCGUCCGGGAGACGUGUGGUAUGACUGCAUGCCCUUCUACCAUGGCACUGGCUGCACGGUUGCAAUGGGCUGCAUGAUGAGCGGCGUGACUUUGGCCAUCGGGCGGAAGUUCAGCGUGCGCAAUUUUUGGAAGGACGUACACGAUUCCGAAGCCAAUGCUUUUGUGUAUGUUGGCGAAACAGCUCGCUACCUGCUAGCUGCACCUCCGUCACCGCUUGACAAGGAUCAUAAGCUGAAAGCGAUGUAUGGCAACGGUAUGAGGCCCGACAUCUGGCUGAGAUUUCAGGAGCGUUUUAACAUUCCUGUGGUCAAUGAGUUCUUCAAUUCUACAGAAGGCAUGUUAUCUCUGCUGAAUGUUUGUCGAGGGCAAUUCCACGCUGCGCAUGUUGGUCAUCAUGGAGCGAUACAGAGGUGGCUUCUACGCAAUAAGAUAAUUCCGGUCCAAAUUGACUACGAGCGAGGCGACACAAUCUGGCGAGAUCCAAAGACCGGCUUUGCUCGGCGGACGCCGUACGAGGAAGGCGGCGAAAUCAUCAUUGCCUGCCAGACUGAGAAGGACUUUGUUGGAUAUUGGAACAAUCCAGAUGCAACCCAAAAACGCUUUGAGCGUGAUGUGUUUAAGAAAGGCGAUCUGUACUACCGGACGGGAGACGCCCUGCGUCGUGAUGCGGACGGGCGUUGGUAUUUCAUGGAUCGAUUGGGCGACACGUAUAGAUGGAAGUCCGAGAAUGUUUCGACUGCGGAAGUAGCUGAGGUGCUUGGCCGAUUCCCGGGCAUUGUCGAGGCAAACGUCUACGGAGUCGAAGUUCCUGGACACGAUGGCAGGGCAGGCUGUGCUGCAGUGUUCAUUCUACCUCAAGACCGGGCUACCUUUGACUUCGCAGGACUAUUAGCACAUGCGAGGAAAGGCCUGCCUGGGUACGCAGUGCCGAUCUUCCUCCGCUUGAUCCAGAGUCCAACGCCCAUGCACAAUAAUAAACAGAACAAGGUUCCGUUGAGGAAGGAAGGCAUAGAUCUGGACAAGAUCGCUACGGGCUUUCGCGGAUGGGGCAGAGCACUGAGGCCAAGAAAUAUCCUUUUCAAGAAGAAGAAAAAGAAUCCUGUGAGCCUUGACCUGACUCCACGCAACGAGACGCGGAAGCAAUGUGCAUACUGCUUCAUGCUGGUGGGCCUGGAACUCCACUUCAGACAUGCAGCAAUGCCAAAAAAGUCAUUCCAUCGACAUGUGAAGAUGCAGUAG